AUGCCAGUUAUCAGCAUUUCUCUCCUCUCGAGCUGAGGAGAGGAGAGCCAGGCACUGAUGAUCAGUGUGCCCUGAUGAUCAGUGUGGCCCCAGAAGUGCCACCUGUCAGUGCCCAUCAGUGCCACAUCAUGCCACAUAUCAGUGCAUACCAGUGCACAUCAUUGCCACAUAUCACUGCCCAUCUGAGCUGCCUUUCAAUGUCAUCCAUCAGUGACAGUCAGUGCCACCUAUCAAUGCCAAUCAGUGCCACCUAUCAGUGCUGCCAAUCAGUGCCACCUAUCAGUGCUAUGUCAGUGUUGCCUAUCAGUGCGCAUCAGUGC